CCGACGGCGCCCUAGAAUACGAGAAGAAUAAUCGAGUUUUUCGUCAGUGAGACGACGUAGGGAAGAAUUUGUGCAAGCAAUCUAAUUGUGAAUCAAUAGCAAAAUGCAGGGACUCAGUCUGGCCAGUUUGAGGAAGCACAAGGCUUUGAUCCCUCUGUAUGUGUGCACGGCGCUGGGCUGCGGGGGUGCCGUGUUCUAUGUUAUCCGCCUGGCCACCAAGUCACCCGAGGUGUCCUGGAGCAAGAAGAACAACCCUGAGCCCUGGGAGGAGUACCGCAACAAGCAGCACAAGUUCUAUUCUCCGAUCCGAGACUACUCCAAGGAGGAGUCGCCAGCCCCCAAGUACUAAGUUCGCGGUUUUCAAUCUGCUACUGUUUUAGAUUGUCUUAAUUUAAUAAAUAGCAAUUAUGUGAUAAGUUA